AUGGAUCCGUGCAUGGGCAAGCUCAAGCGUUCAUGCCAAGAGACAACAAGCGAAACGAACGACCAGGUAAGAAGACUGGUGGGUGCCACAAGUGUGGGAAACAAGGAUAUUGGAUCGCGGACUGCCCCUCGCGGAUCCAUCAAAGACGCGGAACGACAUCGAUUCCAGCGUGCGAACGUGGCGCAAGAUGAAGAUCUUGACGACUAUCUGUUUUCGGUUGGUCGUGAAGUCGCUAAGUCGAGUAACGUGUGGCUUGCAGACUCGGGUGCGACGCAGCACAUGACGAGCUCCAAGCUCGAUGCUCGAUCAAUACACUGUCGGUUCAUGGGAUAUGCAGAUCACAAGAAAGCGUUUUGA